UUAGCUCUGUGUGUGUGUGCGCGCGCAUGUGCGUGCGUACGUAUGUAAUUUGUACCUGUAGACUUGCCAUAGUUAUUCUCAACUGGAGAUGACCGUUAAGCUAACUGUUAUAUUUUUUGCAUAUUGGUUCAUCUUUUCUUGCUAAGCCUGAAAGAGCACAUGCCUGUAAGUCAUACAUGUUUGUUCCGUUGAGCGUAUUUAUUAUAGUUUUAUGUAACAGUUGAGAAUCUUGUGUGUGAAAGUUUUUAUCUCUAGUAAAAACGGUUGUGAUGCUAAUGCGUUAGCCCGUCUAUGGAAUUUUACAUAUAUUCUUAGCAUUGAGCUAACCGCUAGGUUCUUGGGGAAAAACUUCUGAUUGUGUUAUUAUAUCUUUAUGAAAUACCCAUAAAGUACAUGAAAGUUUAUUAUUAAGUGUUUAUUAAUACAAAAUACAUAUGAAUACAUCAUAAAUGUAACAUUAUUCAUUUAUUGUUUUUCUGUAUUGCAGUUUUACAGUGCCUUCUACAGUAAAUAUCUAAAACGUCCCUGCUGACUCCUGGAUGUUUAUCGUGGACCUGUUAAGCUAUCUGCCAAGCUAGAACCCAGCUUCAUCCUCUAGUGAGGGCAGAAUAGUAAAAAGGCAUCUUCCCAACGGGUCGUUUACAGAAAAGUGAAUCCCUGUGGAAACAGUUCUUCUGCCAUUCAAGCUACAAUGAACAGUAAUGAUGACACGCUUGAGACACGGUCAGUAUGCUCCAACAUUUCACGUGCCAGUCGACGUUCUUCAGCCAGUGCAAUUGCAGCCAGAGCACGUGCAAAAGCAGAGGCUGCACGUGCGCAAGCAUUAUUUGCACAAAAAGAAGCAGAAAUGAUGAAAGCACAAGCACAUAUUGAAGAGGAGCAACAAAAAGCAGUAGCCUCAGCUGCUAGAAAGAAAGCAGAACUGCAAGCUAGUUUGCAUACAUUGAGACUGGAGAGUGAAGCUGCAGCAGCCAUAGCUGAAGCCAAUGUUCUAGAAGCAGCUGCUGAGAACGAGGUGGAGGAGUUAAGUCAAGCUAGCCAGAGAAAUGAAUUUGCUGAGCAUAAAAUUACUGAGCUUUACCCUGAUUCUAGGCUGCAUGAGCCCACAUCAAAACUCAUUUGCCAAAUACCAAUCGACAAUGCUAAUACGGCUGAAAACAAUAUUGAAGAAGGAAAAGAAAAGCUGCAAAAAGGUGGUAACUUUGACUUACCUAUCUUACAAUCAUCCAAUCUGAAUGAAAAUGCUGCUCCAUACUACCCUGAUACUCACCGCUCACGCAGGACAGGCUUCUUUGAACAGGAACAUCAACAUGGCUUAAACCCAUUCAAAGAUUCAUGCAGUCAUAAAAUACAGUCAUGUAACAGGAAUCAGUUCAACAGCAACUACCAACCCCCUCAGCGUCAAACUGGUACUGUUGCCGGACCUAGUGAGCCCACUUCAUCAUCUACGACAGACUUGACAAAGUAUCUAAUUCGUCGGGAGAUGAUAAGCUCUGGGUUGUUGAGGUUCGAUGAUCAACCUGAAAAUUAUUGGGCCUGGAAACAAUCUUUCCACAGCUCUACAGAAGACCUAAACCUAACAUCAAGAGAGGAGCUUGACCUCUUAUGUAAAUGGCUAGGACCAAAAUCAUCCGAGCAUGCUAGAAGGAUACGAGCAGUUCACAUCAAUGAUGCAACGGCUGGCGUGCACAUGAUAUGGCAAAGAUUGGAAGAAUGUUAUGGAUCACCUGAAGCAAUUGAAGAUGCACUUUUAAAGAAAGUGGAUGAAUUUCCAAGAAUCUCAAGUCGAGAAAAUCAAAAGCUGAGAGAACUAGGAGAUAUUCUCUUGGAGCUUGAGGCUGCCAGAGCAGACGGUUUUUUACCAGGACUCAGUUACCUGGAUACGUCUCGAGGCAUCACUCCAAUUGUCCAGAAGCUGCCAUACUCAUUGCACGACAAGUGGGUCUCUCUGGCAUCUCGUUACAAGGAAACAAACCAGAUAUCUUAUCCCCCAUUCUCAUUUUUUGCAAAGUUUGUUUGUGAUCAAGCCAAAAUACUCAACGACCCAAGCUUUGCCUCACUCACAGGUAAUUCAAGGUCAGGGAGACCAGAACCCUCCCUUAAACAUAACAUGAAAAUUCCCAUCUCUGUCAAAAAGACAGAAAUCUCAACACAAUUGAACAGCAGUCAUAGCAAACCCUCAGAGAAAAGAAUGGCUGACCCAGACCAGCAGUGUCCGCUCCACAACAAACCACACCCUCUCAGGAACUGCCGCGGUUUCAGGAACGAACCUUUGGAUGAGAGAAAAACUUACCUUAAAGAAAAUAAUAUCUGUUUUAAGUGCUGUGCAUCAACCUCUCACCUAGCAAAGGACUGUUCAAAAAACGUACAGUGCAGAGAGUGUAAAAGCGAGAACCACCCUACUGCAUUACACCCAGGAGCACCCCCCUGGAUUACAGAGACUUCCGGGAGUACAAGAGAUCAAGGCGGGGAGCAAGAAGAAGAAACUCCUUCAGCUGUCAUAUCAAAAUGUACUGAAAUAUGUGGAAGUACACUCAGAGCAAGGUCAUGCUCUAAAAUUUGUCUUGUCAGACUUUAUCCAGCUGGCCAGAUGGAGAAAGCGGUUAAGGCUUAUGUUGUUCUUGACGAGCAGAGCAAUAAGUCCCUGGCAAGAUCAGAGUUUUUUGAACUCUUUGGUGUUACAGCGGGCACAGCAGCAUACACAUUAAAGACUUGCUCAGGAGUUAUCGAAACCAUGGGGCGACGAGCUAACAAUUUUGUAAUGGAGUCAUUGGAUGGACGGAAUCAAAUUCCACUUCCCACCUUAAUUGAAUGUGACAUGCUCCCUGAUGACAGGUCUGAAAUCCCCACGCCUGAAAUCGCCAAACAUUAUACACAUCUGAAGCGGGUCAUGGAUAAAAUCCCAGCUCUAGACCCCUCAGCAGGCAUCCUCAUCCUGCUCGGUCGUGACGUACCAAGGGCACACAAGGUUCGGGAGUAUUGCAAUGGACCUCACAAUGCCCCCUAUGCACAACGCCUCGACUUGGGAUGGGUGAUUGUAGGAGAGGUUUGUGUUGGAAGAGCGCACAAACCAGAGCUCGUAAAUGUCUACCGCAGCAAUGUGCUGAGCAAUGGACGUGCAUCUCUGUUCGAGCCUUGUUCUAACAGUCUUCACAUUAAAGAGAAAUUAGACACAGCAAUCCAUCACAUUCAUUUUCCUGUAGCUAACCCAUCUCAAGACCUGCUUGAAGAGAAAGGUAACAUCGGGGAAGGAGUCUUCCAUCAAACCCCACAUGAUGACAAGCCUGCCUUGUCUGUAGAAGACAAAGUUUUUCUAGAAAUAAUGGAUAAGGAGGUCUUCAUGGAUGAUGCAAACAAUUGGGUGGCACCAUUGCCCUUCAAACAACCAAGGCGCAAACUCCCCAACAACCGUGCACAAGCGGUCAAACGUCUUUCAGCCUUACUACACAUGUUCAAAAAAAGGCCAGACCUGAAAAUGCAUAUGAUUACCUUCAUGCAGGGGAUCUUUGAGGCAGGCCAUGCUGAACCUGUUUCAUCACCCACUGAUGGACAAGAGUGCUGGUACCUACCGAUCUUUGGGGUUUACCAUCCACGUAAACCAGGCCGAGUACGAGCAGUCUUUGACUCCAGCGCUAAACAUGAAGGUGUCUCUCUUAACGACAUCUUGUUGAGUGGCCCUGAUUUAAAUAACACACUAUUAGGAGUGCUCACUCGCUUUCGCAAGGAACCAGUGGCAGUGGCAGCAGACAUAGAACAAAUGUUCUAUUGCUUCAAAGUCCGCCAUGAUCACAGAGACUUCCUACGUUUCCUUUGGUUCAAGGACAAUGACCCCACCAAAAAUAUCACAGAGUACAGAAUGACGGUGCACGUUUUUGGCAACAGCCCGUCUCCCGCUGUUGCAAUAUAUGGCUUAAGGAAGGCUGCUCUGCAAGAGCAAGGAGAAAACAGCACGGAGGCUAAACAAUUCGUUCUGAAGAAUUUUUAUGUGGAUGAUGGUCUUGCCUCAUUUCCCACUGAUGCUGAAGCCAUCCAAGUCCUGAAAGAGACCAAGGAAAUGUUAGCAGACUCAAAUAUACGGCUGCAUAAAAUAGCUUCCAACCACAAUAAAGUAGUGGAAGAAUUCCCAUCUGAAGAGCGUGCGAAAGAACUGAAAGAUCUAGAGCUCGGUGUAGAUCCCUUGCCCAUGCAAAGAAGCUUAGGUCUCAACUGGAAUUUGCAAACUGACUGUUUUACCUUCCUCGUCUCUCAAGAGGAGAAACCCUUUACCCGCCGUGGCAUUCUCUCCACUGUUAACAGCAUAUUUGACCCAAUAGGAUUUGUAGCUCCAGUAACAAUACAGGGCAAGGCUAUAGUCAGAGAGCUAAGCAUCGAACAUUGUGAAUGGGAUGCCCCGAUACCUGCCAAAAAGGCAACCCAGUGGAAAUCCUGGCGAGACUCUCUCAAAUCUCUCGAGCAGCUCCACGUACCAAGACCAUACUUACCAAUGUCCUUGCUCUCUGCGCCACAUAGAGAACUGUGUGUUUUUUCUGACGCAUCCACCAUGGCUAUCUGUGCAGUCGCCUACCUCAGAGUAGUUGAUGAAGACGGACACAGUCUUGUAGGAUUCUGCAUGGGAAAAUCUAAAGUAGCUCCCCAUCACACCACUACUGUGCCCCGUCUAGAGCUUUGUGCAGCUGUACUUGCAGUUGAACUAGCUGAUACUCUGAUUGACGAGCUAGAUACCAACAUCCAUGCAGUAAAGUUUUACACAGAUUCCAGAGUAGUGUUGGGAUACAUAAACAACAGCAACCGCAGAUUUUACGUAUAUGUUGCUAACAGAGUAGCACGUAUCCGGAAAUCAUCACAGCCUGGGCAGUGGCAUUUUAUCAGCUCAGAAAACAAUCCUGCAGACCAUGGUACCAGACCAGUUCCAGCAAAUCUUUUGGGAGAAACAAACUGGCUUUCUGGUCCAUCUAUUCUCAAAAAUGAUAAGGAAGUUGCACUUACCCAGACAGAGCCCUUUGAGCUAGUAGAACCUGAUGAUGAUGUUGACGUGCGUCCACUAAUUACAACCUUUUCAACAAUGACUUCUAAAACAUUGCUUGGCUCACAUAGGUUUGAGCGCUUUUCCAGCUGGAAGACACUUGUAUGUGGCAUAGCUAAACUCAUCCAGAAAAUCAGAUCUUGUGCUACAUCCUCAAGGAGAGAUACACCAAAGGCGGAUGAGUUUAUACAGGCAAGAACAGUAAUCAUACGAGCUGUACAACAAGAAGCCUUUAAAGAAGACAUCAAAAGCCUAUCAAAAGGAGAGAUUGUCUCAAAACACAGUCCUCUCUGGAAACUUGACCCAUUUCUAGAUUCAGAUGAUGUACUGAGGAUAGGGGGUCGUGCAGCAUUAGCGACAGUCUCCUGGGAAGAGAAGCAUCCCAUAAUCAUCCCCAAAAAUACUCAUGUUGCAACAUUGCUGGUUCGAUAUUAUCACGAACGAGUAGCACACCAGGGCAGACACUUCACUGAAGGGGCAAUCAGGUCUGCUGGGUUGUGGAUCCUGGGAGGAAAAAGACUCAUAUCAAGCACCAUACAUAAAUGUGUCUCCUGCAGACGGUUGAGGGGAAGUAUGGAAAAACAAAAGAUGUCCAACUUACCUGCUGACCGGCUGGUUCAAGCUCCUCCAUUCACACAAGUUGGAUUAGAUGUUUUUGGACCAUGGACUGUCUCUGCCCGUCGUACCAGAGGAGGUCUAUUCGAAAGUAAACGUUGGGCGGUGAUGUUUACUUGUUUGGUAACAAGAGCAGUCCACAUGGAAGUGAUAGACUCUCUGUCAACAUCAAGCUUCAUAAAUGCUCUCAGGCGGUUCACAGCCAUCAGGGGACCAGCAAAGCUUUUUCGUUCUGACAGAGGCACAAACUUUGUUGGUGCGUGUAAAGAACUUGGAAUAACUUCAGAUGAUGCAGCACUUCAGUCAUACCUCAAAGACCAAGGCUGUACUUGGGACUUCAAUCUUCCACACUCCUCUCAUAUGGGAGGAGCGUGGGAAAGAAUGAUAGGGAUCGCUCGACGCAUAUUGGACGGCAUGUUGCUCAAGAUGCAUUCUCCUACUCUUUCACACGAAGUACUCACUACGCUGAUAGCGGAAGUAGUUGCCAUAAUGAAUUCCCGGCCGAUUGUUCCUGUGUCUUCAGAUCCAGAUGCGCCAACCGUACUUACACCUUCUAUGCUUUUGACUCAGAAACUGGACUCUGCAUCCUUUCCUUCAGGAGACCUUGAUCUUAAAGAUCUGUACCGGAGUCAAUGGAAGCAAGUUCAAGGUCUUGCUGACUCAUUCUGGAAACGAUGGCGCCAAGAGUACUUGGCUACUCUCCAGCCAAGAAGAAAGUGGCAAGCAGAACAAACUAACUUACAAGUUGGAGAUCUUGUCCUUUUAAAGGACAAACAGGCUAAACGGAAUGAGUGGCCUACAGGUCUCAUUGUAAAUACCUUCCCAGGUCAAGAUAGCAAAGUUCGUAAAGUGGAGGUGAGAGUUGUCAAAGGUGGCUCACCCAGAGUGUAUUUGAGACCUGCUACAGAAGUAGUACUGUUACUUAGAGGGACAUAGUGGUAUAGUACAAUAUACCAUGCGGGGAGUGUGCCGCCCCUUUAAGGCAGACAUGUAAAUUUAGCUCUGUGUGUGUGUGCGCGCGCAUGUGCGUGCGUACGUAUGUAAUUUGUACCUGUAGACUUGCCAUAGUUAUUCUCAACUGGAGAUGACCGUUAAGCUAACUGUUAUAUUUUUUGCAUAUUGGUUCAUCUUUUCUUGCUAAGCCUGAAAGAGCACAUGCCUGUAAGUCAUACAUGUUUGUUCCGUUGAGCGUAUUUAUUAUAGUUUUAUGUAACAGUUGAGAAUCUUGUGUGUGAAAGUUUUUAUCUCUAGUAAAAACGGUUGUGAUGCUAAUGCGUUAGCCCGUCUAUGGAAUUUUACAUAUAUUCUUAGCAUUGAGCUAACCGCUAGGUUCUUGGGGAAAAACUUCUGAUUGUGUUAUUAUAUCUUUAUGAAAUACCCAUAAAGUACAUGAAAGUUUAUUAUUAAGUGUUUAUUAAUACAAAAUACAUAUGAAUACAUCAUAAAUGUAACAUUAUUCAUUUAUUGUUUUUCUGUAUUGCAGUUUUACAGUGCCUUCUACAGUAAAUAUCUAAAACGUCCCUGCUGACUCCUGGAUGUUUAUCGUGGACCUGUUAAGCUAUCUGCCAAGCUAGAA